CUCAAGGCUUAGCAAUUCUACACUCCCCUUGUACUCCUGAUUUGGUGACUAUGUUUUGUGAGCAGUGAAGAGCCUGGCAUGGAAUCUAGGCUCUUUGUGGGAUGGAGGGCAUUAUUUGUUGAGAGAGAAGCAACUGCUUGGGCUACCAUGGGGCUCCAAAUCAGCUUUUGGUCUUAACCAGUUUUUAGGCCCCCUUCAGAGUGGGCAUGAGAAACCUUUACACUCUCCAGAGGCUGAGCGAGUUUGCUUUUUUUCUGGGCCUAGCCAGGAGUGGCUGAUGGUUGCUGCUCCGACCUGACCUAGUUGGCCUCCCAUCUUGGACUCCCACUUUUCUGGGGCUACUAAACCCUCUCUGGUGUUUCCAUCUCCUCCCUGCCACUUCCCAGGCAUCUUUCUUACCCCUCAGACAACAAUAAACACUCUCUACUAUAAAAAGUAGCAUACACUAUUUUUAUCAAGAGGGCUUUCCCACAUCUUGGCCUCAGCUUUGAAGAGGGGGCCAAGAUAGGAGUUAUAAAAUAGACAGGGGGUGUCUUGCUGGAGACAGGAAAUAAGCAGGAUGCAUAAAGUAGGACAUAUGUCCUUAAUAUAUGGAAGGGCUCGCCCCAGACGCGUGGACAUGUGUAUUUAUAAGUGCGCAGACAGAAGUUUAAAUAUUCAGACACAUUUUAUGAUUGUCCUCUGCCCGUCUUCUGGUUAAUGGCUCCUCCUGUGCCCACCAAUACAUCAAUACUGCUGUGUGUAUUGAAUCACCGGCAGGGAUGAGAAGGAAGCGAGUCCAUAGCUAAGCCCGUUGAGUACAGUACAGUAAAUCGGACCCUCGGCAGACGGCGCCAUGUUGGGGAGCCCUCCCUGCCCCCCACGCCGGGCUGGGAGGCUGGGGGCUCGGCUGUAGUCAGGGGAGGGCCGCUCAUAACCCGGAGAAUUUUCAAAGUGCGAGGAAGAUGAUAAGAAUAGAUUUCUACAAGUCGCGACCACGUGAUUGGCGAAAUAAUUAAUUCAGCACGUCCCUUAAGAAACACGGAGUCGUCAUUAAUCUGCCACGCAAAGGGCUCUCUCCGACUUGGAAAGUGCAGGGAUCCCGAGAACACGGCCCGCCGAGGGGGGCCCCCUGCGCCCGCAGACUCGGGCGCCUAGCGCGGCCCGCAGGUAAAUAUUUGGGCGACUUUUAUUUCAUCAAAUUUCAAUCCUUAAUGAACUUAGCUGUCAGAGUCGCUGACAAAUAGUUGCCUUUGCUUCUCUGGUUUGGAACAGCGCGCCGGUCAGAAGUUGUUAGUGGCUUGGAUGGUGACCUUUGGUUCAGCGAAGCUUUGCACUUAUGAAAAAUUACUACGGGGCGGCCGAGUGUGUGUGUGUGUGUGUGUGUGUGUGUGUGUGUGUGUGUGUGUGAGAGAGAGAGAGAGAGAGAGAGAGAGAGAGAGAGAGAGGAUGAGGAUGUGAGGGUGUGCAAGGGGUGAGGGUGUAAGGGGUAAGGGUGCGCACAGGCUGCUCCCCAGACAACAGUAGUUUAAAAAAAAAAAACAAAAAACCGCCCGGCUGGGGACACUCCUGGCGCACGCGGGCCGAGGUUGCCCGGUCGCCUGUGUCUACCAGGAACAAUGGUCGCUGUCACCGCAUCUGCCGCCUAUUCUUAAAGCAGCGAGAAAAAAGCCCCGGCCCUCUUUUCAGGCUAGGCUCGUAAAUUUUUCUUUGCGUCAUAAUAGAAGGCUAUAAAAUCGAGUUGAAAUUUUACCCCAGGCAGGUUUUAACCAACGGAUAAUGAUUCCAAGCUACUUCUCUUGCUCUCCGCCUUCCCCACCCCAAGCUCAGCUGCUUGUCGCCCCUGCAGCAGUUUCUCUUUGCUUCCUCUUUAGUUUUGUAUUUGUAAUUUUUUGAAUAUCUAACAAAACAAAAAGAAGUCCUCCACCUCCCAAGUCGGAGCAACUCAGGCAAAGGGAAGCCUCCGAGGAAGAGGAGGCUUCGGCCAGCUGCAAAAGCGAUAGGGUCUCUUGCUCUCAUUUUUGCUUCUUUCCCCCCUCACUCCAAGAAGAUUUGACAUCCCAAACGCAGCUUUGCUUCAGUCCUACCCCACCCCAGCUAGCUCUGUCCCUGGGGUUGGGGCAAGUAGCAAACAUUCUCUUCCUUUAGCCGCAAGCUCUGGUCUGAGUGUUCAUACACCUCCUUACCCGCCUCCCAACAUCUGUGAUUUGCCUUCAUUGACUUUGAGAAGGAUUUCAGCAAGCAGGAACUGUCUCUGUGUGGUGGUUGUUUAGGGGUGUGUGUGUGUGUGUGUGUGUGUGUGUGUGUGUGUGUGUGUGUGUGAAUUUUUUGGUGUGUGUAUAUUUCUAGUCAGGACAGCAACAAAGUUUCCCCAUUAUGAAUUAUACAUCCAAACAAUAACACAUUAAUUCAAUUAUUCAAAGAUGACAAAUGUUUAUGUGCUUAGCAAGUGACUCCUGCACGCAGAUUCCGGGUGCUUUCUCGGCUUGCAUUUUUCUCAAUGAGAAUCAUCGCCCAUCUCACCCCACCCACUUCAAUCCACUCACACAUCCCCUUGUAAGCUUAGAAAGGAACCCACAAAAAGGCUACCCGACUUCACCAGAGGCUGGGCCGCCAACAGCCUCCAAAGGCCCGGCUUGGCGGGCACAGGCCCGGGCUAUUUUAUCAGUGUGACAAUUGCCGGGGUUGGUGUGAUAAAUCAUCGUAAGUAAUUCCUGAAAGGGUGUGAGGCUGUUGGGGGCCGGGCGAGGACUGUAAAUCUUUCCGGUUUAUUGCUCUAUGAACAUAUGCUCCGAUUGAAGAAGGCUUAGAUCCUUUCCUGGAGACAAAUUCCCGCAAAGCAGCCCCCCCUCUUUGGCAGGGGAUUAACACUUGCCGGGGGCCGCAAGCUCAGCCCCUGGCUGGAGGCUUGGAGGCGGGGUCCUCUGAAUGGGGGUGGAGUGGGGGCAGCCUAUGGUCCGUCGCGACAAGCACCCCAAGUGGGCCUGAUCCUUGGCUGGGACAGGUGAACAGAAAGGGAUGAAUUUCCUGUCAAGUUUGGGAGCUGGGACCAGUGACUCUUCCUUUGGGAUAUGCCGACUUCUCUACACGGGGGAUUCAGAACCUUUCUUCCUGGGCCGCCCGCCUUGGUCAUUUACGGCUUUGGGGUACUUUCUUUCUUAGGAGGGUAGGAGGCCCUACAAGCUAUAUCGGGCAUCAACUCCGUGGCAGAACCGCUCACACACACACACACCACCACCACCACCACCACCACCACCACCACCACCACCACCAACAACAACAACAACAACCCAGAAAGCCAAAUUCGUAGUUUCCCAUAGUGUGAAAUUCUAUGGUGAGGGAGACCGGACAGAGGUAGGUUAGGAGCUCGCUGCAACCCAGCAGUGAGCCCUGGCCUAGAUUCGCUUAACUCUUCUUCCCACACGCAGAAUAUCUACCGCAAACCUCUUCUAGCCACUUGCAGAGUGGUGAGAUCGUGUUCUGAUACUAUAAUUCUAAAGUAGAAAUCUCCUUAUCCCAGGUAAGCCCGGUUCAGUAGUCUCCCCUGCCCUCUUGGAGGUACCGCAGGAAGCGGGAAGAUGCGGCUUGGCUGUUGCUUGGCCUGUGGGAUCCCGCUGGCUCCGAGCUGGUCUGGAAUCACACUAGUCAAGGUGGGCAGAUCCUCACCUAAGCGGUUCCAGACCCCAAAGGGCUUGGGUGGAGUACUCGGGGCUCCGAGAAAGGGGGUCACACCGGGUCCUGCCCUGCUGCUAGGCGAUUUUUUUUUCUGGCUCAGAAGUGGCGGCUUGCCUGCUGGGUCUACGAACCCCAACCAGCGCCCCCAAGGAGUGCAGGUGGUGGCAGGGUGACAGGCUAGAGUUGAGAACCAGUGGGUCCCACCUUAAGGCAGGAGCGGGUGUUGUGGCACAACUUAAGUGCCUGGCAGGGAGUGGGGAUAGUAGGGUAUCUGCCUGGGCGGACGGACAAGGCAUCGUGUCUAGGUGCAUGUAGAUGUGAAGUACAAGACGCCGAGGAGUCCAAGGCUUCUGUUCCGUAGCCCUGUUCCAGAAAGGCUUUUAAGAAGCAACCUUUAAAAUGUCUAAUCCACUGGUAGGUCUGGCAGAAGGCCGGGUCGGGGUCAGAGGUCUUUGCCCGGAGAGGUUCUCAAGCCUCCAUCCCACCGCACUGGGCCAGGCUGUGGCUGCGCUGAUCCCAAGCUGCAAGGACGGAGCUUUUCCUUUUUGUCCACCCACCAGUGUCUGCUCCGGGGAAAGGCGCCUGGGUCCCAAGCUUCCUGCGCCCCUCCUCCCAGCCCCCAGGCCUGGCUGCGCUCUUGGUCUGGAUGGCGUGAAAGUUUCAGCCUCAAUCAGUACAAUCUUCCCUCGGGGUCACGUGAACAAAUAUGCUCGCAUUUGAAGGCAGCGUCUGUAUUUCCCGACUAUGAGGGGGUUUCCGGGGCUCUCUCCAAAUUCAGAAAGGACCACGUUCCGAAAGCAAAACAAACCCCGAGCUCUGGGGGGCCUGGGAGGGUUGGGCAGGAACCCAGGAGUGGGUGGGGGAGCCAGUGGCCGCCGCUUUGGGCCUGGGAGCCGACCGGCGGGCGGGUGGACCGACCAGCGAGCAGCGCAGGCGAAGCCAGCUUGGGGACUACAAACUCGUUCCUCCAGCGUUUAUUGGUAGUUGAACCUCAGCCUGGUUCCGUUCUACCGGGAAUUCCGUGUACUCUGGUAUAUGGCCGAGUCUGCAAGCGCGCAAGACCAGGGUUGGGACACUGUUGUCUGCAGACAAAGGGGGAAGGCUAGCUCUGCCCCCCACUGGCGCCCACUCUGAGACCGAGGACACCAGGUUUAUGAUAAAUUGGGAUCCAGGUAAGCAAUUGCAUGACAAAAUGGAAAUCUUUGGGCACAGGGCUGCUUGCUGCCCUGAGCGGGAUACUAAAUAUGAUUUAUUUUGUGUAAUCUGUGAUCUUGAUUAUUGCCAAUUGGUGAGGCAGCCCGCAGACCUAUAUACACUUCUACAUAUACAUCGAGGACGGUGAUUAAUCGUAACGAGGUGCGCUUUUAUGGGGACAUUCCCCGCCUACAAAAGGUUAAGAGGACACUACCUUACCAUGCUUAGAGGGUGGCCGGCAGCAUUGGGGAGGGGGUGUAGCAGUUUGAGGAAUGGGUUUGUUAAGCGGACUAGGGGCUGGAGUUAGUAUUUUGAGGGUAAAUGUGUAGUUAUGAGAAUGGACUGAAAAUGGAAUGAAUAAAAGAGACCUUUUUUUUUUUUACACUGUCACUGCCAAAGUAAUAUGGAACAUCAUAUUAAUUCUGUGUCUUGGGCUGCUGGGCUGGGUGCAGGAGGGUUGAUUUAUCCAUAUUUAAAAUAAACUGUGUGGCCAGCCAGCUCCCUGCAUUGUUCUGUGGGCCACCUCCACACGCUCAGCCUUUCCCUCUUGCUGUUGGCUUCCUCUGUUCCCCCAUAGGAAUUAAAACGUCUCUGAAAUUAAGGACCCCCCCCCAAAAAAAAACUACCCUGAGGAGUUUGAGAGGGUUCUCCAGUGUCUCAGCAUAGGCUCUGGCUGUUACAAUGAUGAACAGGUUUAGUGUUUCUGGGUCCUUCUGUCCAAAUAACCCUACACGGUGAAAGCUAAAUCAAAUUGGUUCCUGCAUCCCUCAUAUCUUUUGUUGACUUGUUCCUCGUGGCUUCAGGCUAGAAAUGUAGAAAACAAAUAUCACAGGUCUUUUCCCUCAAACAAGGCAAGAGUGAAUGACCCUGUGAGCAGAAGUGGCCAAAUCAUACUGGACUACCCCAGGGAUGGAACCCCAAAGCAGAAGCACUGUCUAAAUUUAAGUUGGGACAGUCUCUGGUGGGAGGAGGACUGAGUUCCAAGGUCCUGGCCAUCAAAGGGAGCAGGAAAAGUUGUUUUGUCACUUAGCUGCACUGGGCUCCAUCAGAAUUUGAAGUCGGUGGACAUUUUUCUUUGCUCAUUGCCUCUGAGCUGCAAGCCUGCCAGCUUAGUCAGCUGAAUCCAAUUACAGCAAGCAGCAUUUCAUUUGGCCCCACGGAGCACUCACUUAUAACUUCCCCGAAAUUUUCAAUAAUCCCCACCAAGUCUCUUCUCCAGGCCCUCUCCUGAAGAGGUUUCCCUGGAUAAUGCUGGUGGGUGGGGUAUGGGGGUUAUGUCUGAAGUUAGAUUCCCCGGACAGCUAGACAGCUUAGCCGUCAAGAUUCCCUUCUGCUUCUGAAGUUUCUGGCUGGGAAAAGUGUGUUGGAACUCAGGCAGGACGAAGCCAGCCUGGUUCAGGCCACGAUUGGGGGCACCUACAAGCCAAAACUAGGCCAGUACUUGGAGCAGGGCAGGGAAGGAAACGUAGGAGAGAGCUUUGAGAAAAAGGGUGCUUUGCUUAUGACCCAACUAACUUGGGGUCCUUUCUGCUUUCCACUUCCCAAAACCCCUGAACCCAGAGCUCAGAGAGCACCCCUCACCCAGGUACGAACUUACCGGGUUCCUCCACGCCUGGAAAACAAAAUUUAGCUAGAUGCGUUGGGACUGCGAGGAUCUUCUUCUCAGGGAGUGAUCCUACUUCUAAAGAAGCCCUUCUAAAAAAAUAAGUAAAAAUGAUCAAUCUGAGCAGGUUGAUGUCUGCCCAUGAGAUUGUAUUAUAUAAAACGGUCUGGGGACUGCGGGCCACCGGUUUGAGCAUCCUGAUAACUCCUGCACCUACACUAUGUCACCCUCGGGGCCCAGUCAAGAGGAUUGGGGUGUAGAAAGCAGACAAAUGAGGAUCCUUCCCCAACUCAAGUCGUCUGGGAAGCUGAAGUCCGGGCGAGAAGUUAGAAGUCCUACCGGGCUGGGAUCUCUCUGAGGCGCUUCCGCUGGGUGUUCAUUAAGGGGUGAGUUAUUGCAACAAGAGCCAAAGGUCACUUCAAAGGCUUAUGGCUAUGCUCUCUAGUCUUUAGAAGCGCCCUGAACGCUUUGUGUGGGGUUUUCCCGGGCGCAGUUUAGUGUUUGCAAACUACUGAGUCGACAAAUUGCACAGGGCAGAUGCAAGAGAGAGACUGCGUCUCCCUCCUUUCACCUGACCGGAGGCCAGCGCUUGCUGAGCAGCCGCAGUGGUGAGCGGUUUGGCUUGGUCAUAGUUUGGGGUUGGAGAUAGGGAAGGUUGUUGGUUUCUUAGGCGGUUUAUAGCCUAGUCCCGAUUCAGAACUGAGCAGCCCAGAAUGCUGUGUAUUCGCUAACACAUCCAGGAAAGCGAGCUGAGCCAGAGAUAUAAUGUGCAAAUCAGGAUAUAGCAAGCGCCUCACUCCCGGUUUACUAGGGCCCUGAGGGCGCAGCUUCAGUUAACAUCCUCCCAGGUGCGCCUACGUAUCUACCCUCCUUUCCGGUUCCUCUAACCUGUAAGCUUCUUUCCACCUCCCAGGGCUUCUCUGAGCGGGCUGACCCACUUGGCUCACCCUCUGGUCCUUUCCUCGUGCGUUCAGGUCCUCCCCACCCCCUAUCCAGCCAAAGAUUUUUGCCCUUAAGCUCCCCUGGAUCCAACUGUGUCUUCAUUCUGCUGGGGCCAAGCGUCUGGAAUAGCUGCAGGCAUCACAUACAAUAGUCACAUUGAUUGUGACACCCUUAAAGGGGGUAAAGGCUCUCCUGGUAUGUUUGUAAGUCAGAACCGGCUGUUACUGAGCUUUCCAUUUUGUUCCAGAUCUGCUUCCACAGAAUACCUAAGAAACCCGAAGAGCCUACAAAAAGAGUUAGAGAUAAAAUUCAAGGAAAUACACAUGCAAAAUUGUGGUGAGUGGGGGUGAUUUAAAUAAACAAAAAAAAAAAACAAUUUGCGCUACAUUUCCAUUCCACCCCCCUCCUUCAACUCAGGGUAGCCAUCCCAGGAUUCAUACAUCAAGACAUAAAACAAAGGGUGGCUUUGAAGUGGAUCACCUCAGUGUGAAAUGCCGCCUGUUACAUGAGAACCGAUCAUCAGCCUUCAAAUUUAUGGUGCUUUAAUAGAGUGCGUCCGCUGUCUUAAAUGCAGGGUAUGUUACAGUACUGAGUUAUCCGGGCUAAACAGGAGUGAUUUAGAAUGGGCGUCCUGGGCUUCCCAAAGGGCAGAAGAGGCUCAGGCUGAGGGGUCGGGAGAAAGUGGGCAGUCAAUUCUCUUCUCAGCAAACCCGCUGAAGACUUGUUUUCCCAGAAGUAGCAGCCACCAGGGCAAGGAGUGUGAUCGCUCCGUUCCACUGAAUUAACGAGAAUGCCCAGUAAAACUCGGGGCCUCCAGGAAGAGAUCCGUGGGUUAUUGGAAGACCCGGGUUAGGCAAAAUAGGGAGUGGAGGUUAGAACAACUUAAACCUCCAAGAAUUUGAAGAGAAACUGACACAAGAAGUGUCCAUCAUCUCCCACUUCUGGCACCCAAGACUGGCACCGACUGACGGUGGCGGUCCGCUAUUCACUACCUCAGCAACGCUAGACACAGCCAGAGGCUGUGGCCUCCCUCCUAGCCCAAGCCUCCCUCUUCAGCGGCCUUCCCGUGGCCGCCGCGGGCGGGCGAGCGAACGCCUGGCAUCCAUCGAGCCUCCUAGAGUCCGAGACCAGGCGAGCAGCAGGUCUGUGUUCCUCGGCCGGCCGGGCUUGCGAUCCUCUCUUUCCAACUCGGGCUGCGGAACACAGCUGCUACUAGGCCAGGCUGGCGCCAGCCACUUUAUAUAAUCCCGCAGCUCGCACGCAGGGUGUGUAAACGGGAAAAGUGCGGAGUAGGGGGAUUCUUUUGCUGUGCUGCCUCCUACGCGGAGCCUGCUUUCCAUUUCUGAAAAGUGCCGGGCCUUGGGAAGUGUUUUUCUUUUCAUUCCUUACUGAAGCGUUUACUGCUGCCGUGGUCACAGUCAUAAAUUUUGUUACAAACCACAAUGACAGGUGCAUUGAUAUGCACCGUGAGAGCUCCAGCUGCUUAAUAACCCUGUCCCCUGGCCGCUGUGAGCGCCUUUUAUUUAUUCGGUAUCAUAUUAGGUAUUGAUCUGGGCAGAAUUAAGUGCAGUGAGCAAGUAUCAGGACUCCGGUGCUUCUGAGGCUAGGCCAGCUGAGUGGGCCAGCAUGGCUGGAGAGCGAAUAGUGCGAGCUCUGAGAGGGUGCCUGGCCUUCCUUCCUUCCUUCCGGUUGGAAACCAGUCGGCCCUGUCUUCUGGGCCUGCCUUUAGGUCUCCAAGUUGAGUUAGGUAACUUCCAGGGACUUUGGAAAAUGACUAGCCUUUCCGUUUGGCGACCUUUCCCUAAGAGGUCCAGGGGUUCUCUAGGGGACUGAAUGACUGCACAGUCCCAUUCCUCCGGGCUAGAGUGAGGGUGGGGGAAGAUGGGAAAGGGGGGAGGAGGAAGAGGAGGAGGGAGAAGAGGAGAAGGAGGAAGAGGAGAAGGAGGAAUUAAGAGGAAGCUGAGAGGAAAACAGAGGACUACUCCAAAAUAAGAAGUCCUGCUCAACUUCCCCUCCCCCAACCCCCUCCCCCCCCAACAUUUGGGUCUUGGUGCUCAAAUGAGCGAAGGUACCAAAGGGUGAGAAAAGAAAGCCUUAAAGGGGGGGUGAUCGAAAAGGGGGGGGUGAUCGAAAAGAUGAGCCACUGAACAGUUGACCAUUGUCCAAAUGAUUUAUGACCCAGUGCUGCUUUUUAGGUUCAAGCAGAGUUCACAAGGAGUAGGGAUUUCUGGAAAGAAAUAAACUGAUUUUUUCCCCCAGUUUUGUAACAAUAUUCUCAGGUCACCAUGCUUUGGAAGAGGGGUUUCUUUAGGGCUCUGUCUGGUGGGUGCUGCAAAGGCUGUUUUUCCUUCCCCCAAGAGAACAAAACAAUUGCUACCUUGGCUUGUAGAGAAACUGACGGACAUUAGGCCAUGAAGUAGAUCUGGAAUUCCUUCAGACAAUGUAAACAGGCAGGAGAUGACUGUGGUUGCGGUGCUGUCGUGCUGUCGCUGUACCUCUGAGACUUUUUAUAGAGAGAGAUUUCUAGGGACAUGCCACAGAGCACAAAUACUAUGCAAAGUCAUCCAUCCCAUAGGCUUGCUUAGUUCCUCAAGAAGCUAUUUUAAUGUGGCUGGUCCACCAUCCAACACAAACUUGGUCAACAAGGAGGCAGGAGGGGGAUGUUUUGCUUCCACAGUUGUCAAGGAAUAACAAAGCAGCAGCAAAUUCUGGUGGUCUCAGAAGCCUGAUGUGACCAUUUAGACAUCUAGAAGCACGAACCCUGAAAAACCCUAGAAUUUUGCAAGCCGGCAUGCCAGGUCCUUUGGCCUGGGGCAAACAUGUAAAUAUUAGUCACAGAAUGAGCAUUUAACUGUCCAUUUGCUAUUUGAUAACUCUAGCAGUCAGAGAUUGGUAUUGAAAACUAAUCAAACAAAUUAGUCUAGCUUUGUUAAGUAGAUAUCUUAAGUGCACACAUUUGUAUAUUCCUGCAACCCACUGAGAAAGGCCCUGUCUCUCACCUAGAUAAAUGACAUAUUUUCUUAUAUUCUAAGAAAAUGGGGAAUGAUACUACCAAAGGAAGGCUAAUUUGGAGAGGUUUUUUUUUUUCAGUUGGGUGGGCUUUCUGGUGAAAAUACAGGGGGAAUUUAAUGCAAAAGUAUUUUGGUUCCUGGGUUUAAAUCCGAUUGGCCAGAAGUUGCAUGAUGGGUUCUCUCAUGAUGAUGGAAGCCAGGGAGAGGUUUGGGAAAGAAACUUUGCCUGAAAGAUGAAGCCAGAGAGCUGAGCUGUGAGUUUUCUUUAUCAAACAGACAAAAGUGAUUGAAUGAUAUUAGUUAUACAUUAACUCCUCAGGAAUCUUUCAGAAGGGGCAGGAAAAGCAUCUCCCAUGAAGAGUCGAAGCAUACAAAAGAGGAAGAAUUUUUCUUACCCCCUCCCUUCUUAUUCUGGGUCCAUUCAUCAUGUCACAAGAACUUCUCUCAUUGGUUAUAAGUUGGGUGAGAGGUGGGGCAGAAUGGAAGGUCCAGAGAAGAGGUCAAUAAUAGUAUCUGUUUAUGUAAAGAUCUAAAAAUGAUAGAGUUAUGACAGCAUUCACUAUUCAGCCACAGUGCAAACAUUUCAAAAUCUAAAUCACCCAUUUUCAGGGACACCCUUUUAAAAGGGGGAGGAGGACAAUGUAAGGGGUGUGGAAAAGUAUAGGUGAAAAAAGCAUUCCUUUUAAGCUUCAAAGUAAGUCUGAGAGCCUUUAAGUCUUUGUUUUUUACUACCCAGUUCUCUACCUAGUUCUCUAGUUUACUAUCUUGGUUUCAUAGUGCUGACCCACAAAACUAGCUGUGUGGAUUCCCACCCUGCCAUCCAAGAGGACUGUCUUGGUCUUCAAAAAAGUUGGUGUGGUUUUGACACCACAUGGAAAAGAUACUUUGGAAGGAAGCUCUGGAAACUCUGGGAGUGCAAUAAGGCUUUUUCUUUCAUCUAUCAAAACACCGAGACUAGGGUUUUGGGGGUAGGGGACCCCACAGAGCACACACAAAGCCCUGGGGUUGAUCUCUCUCUCUGUCUCUGCUUCAGUCUCUCUCUCUCUCUCUCUCUCUCUCUCUCUCUCUCUCUCUCUCUCUUUUCUCCAGAGCUGAGAACCGAACCCAGGGCCUUGCGCUUGCUAGGCAAGCGCUCUACCACUGAGCUAAAUCCCCAACCCCCUGGGGUUGAUUUCUAACACCAUGCAAAAACCAAACCCCAGGAUUAUCCAAAGACUGACUAACCCAUUCAUCUAGCUAUUCCAUAACAAUUUAUUGCACUUAUUACACGCAGGGCACUGUGCUUAGUAUUAGUAAUAUGUAGAUAAAUAAAGUAUAGUCCUCUCUUUUAGGAGUUUAUAGUUUAGGGGAAGAAUCAGCCAGUCCUAAAUGGUUUCUGGAGCAGCCUCAAAAGCUAUGUUAACAAUCUUGGAGAAAGACAAUUCUCCAAGAGAAUCUUGGGUUGGAAAGAGAUGCUUCCCUAGACUAAAGUUGAGCUCAGGAGAAGGAAAGGUUUUUUUUCCCCUUACAUUUAGGAGAAAUGUUCCAACUUUUUCAAGAGUUUAUAUAAACUGAGCUCCAUAAAACCCCCAGUCCAGAACCUUGCCCAUCUUCCCGCUUCAAGGUGAGUGGGAAGCGAGGAGGAGCAUACUCUAGGCCUUCUAUACUGAUUGGUCUUGGCAAUGACAGUCCCUCUAGGAUCUUUCACUUUUCUUCUUGGCAGGUUACCUGGAGCUUGGAAACUGGCCCAGCUCUCUCAAGAUUAGCAGACACUGGCCUUGGUGGAGAAGGAGACAGUGGUAGUCAAUGUUAUUUGAGCAGGGUCAGCAGGCCCUGGAGCUUCCUGAGUGCACCAUGCAGAAGGCUGCAUACUAUGAGAACCCAGGACUCUUUGGAGGCUAUGGAUACAGCAAAGCCACUGAUGCAUAUGGCUAUAGCACUCCUCAUCAACCCUACCCACCCCCUGCUGCUGCCAACUCCCUGGACAGUGAUUACCCAAGUUCUGCCUGCUCCAUCCAGAGUUCUGCACCUCUUCGAGCCCCAGCCCACAAAGGAGCGGAACUCAACGGUAGCUGCAUGCGGCCUGGCACUGGGAACAGCCAGGGUGGGGGUGGAGGCAACCAACCUCCUGGCCUGAACUCAGAGCAGCAGCCACCGCAACCUCCCCCUCCACCACCCACCCUGCCCCCAUCCUCACCCACCAAUCCCGGAAGCGGAGUGCCUGCCAAGAAGACCAAGGGUGGGCCCAAUGCUUCUAGCUCUUCCUCUACCAUCAGCAAGCAGAUCUUCCCCUGGAUGAAGGAAUCCCGACAGAACUCAAAGCAGAAGAACAGCUGUGCCACUUCAGGAGAGAACUGCGAGGACAAGAGCCCACCGGGCCCGGCAUCCAAGAGGGUGCGCACGGCGUACACGAGUGCUCAGCUGGUAGAGCUGGAGAAGGAGUUCCACUUCAACCGCUACCUGUGCCGGCCGCGCCGCGUGGAGAUGGCUAACCUGCUGAACCUCACCGAACGCCAGAUCAAGAUCUGGUUCCAGAACCGUCGCAUGAAGUACAAGAAGGACCAGAAGGCCAAGGGCAUCCUGCAUUCUCCCGCAGGCCAGUCCCCGGAGCGCAGCCCACCUCUUGGAGGAGCGGCGGGCCACGUGGCCUACUCCGGCCAGCUGCCGCCCGUGCCCGGCCUGGCCUACGACGCACCCUCGCCGCCGGCUUUCGCUAAAUCGCAGCCCAAUAUGUACGGCCUGGCCGCCUACACGGCGCCUCUCAGUAGCUGCCUGCCGCAGCAGAAGCGUUACGCGGCGCCCGAGUUCGAGCCCCACCCCAUGGCGAGCAACGGCGGCGGCUUCGCCAGCGCCAACCUGCAGGGCAGCCCGGUGUACGUAGGUGGCAACUUCGUCGACUCCAUGGCGCCCGCGUCCGGGCCGGUCUUCAAUCUGGGUCACCUCUCGCACCCGUCUUCGGCCAGCGUGGACUACAGCUGCGCCGCGCAAAUCCCUGGCAACCAUCACCACGGACCGUGCGACCCUCAUCCCACCUACACAGAUCUCUCGGCUCACCACACGUCUCAGGGACGCCUGCCCGAGGCCCCCAAACUGACACAUCUGUAGCGGUUGCCGCCGGCCUGGCGCAAUUACCUCUCUGGUUUUGGUGGCAGGGGUGGUGGCGGGGCGGGGCCCGAAAGGCAGUUUAGGGGAACCCCCCUCCCUGAUCUGGCCUGGCAGAUGCCACACGAGUUUCGGGCUUCCAGCGGCCGAGGCUGACGCGACUGGGCCUCCCCUCCAGGCGUGUCCUCCUUUGGGUGACUCGCUAUAAAUCAGCCGCAAGGAUCCUCCCCUGUAAACCUGACAGUGCCAUAAACUGCGGACCGAGGGACUCUAAUCUGGUAAUGGUGUCCCUAAGGUAAGUCCUAGACCUAUCCGUGGCGUGUCCUGAAGAGAGGGACUAGAGCCUGGAGAACCCCGGGCCUGGCCCUUCUGUCUAGCUUAGUUUCAGAGACCUUAAUUUAUAAUGCUCCUUCCCUUCCUGUAAAGAUUGCAUCGGACUAAACAAUCUGUAUUUAUUAUUUGAAGCGAGUAAUUUCGUUUCCCUGAUUAUUUAUCCUAGUCUUAAUGUAUUUAUGUGUAUAUUUGUAGAAUUCUGCAGCCGGGCCUAGGUACUCGCUCCCAGGCCUUUUGGGGGGGGGGCAUAUUUCAUCUCUUUAGUCCCCUUGGUCUGAACUAGUUGAGAGAAUAGUCUUGAACAGUUGUAACCGUGGCUGGUGUCUGUAGUUGUUGUAAAGGACUGAGAUCACAAAUGGUCCUUCAUGGGUAGAGUCAGGCAGCCCGGUGGCAUAGCGCGACUCAAGCGAGUCGUUUCUCAACAGCCGAAGCCCUCACCACUCGACACAGCUUACUGAUUUCAAAUUGUCUGGUACUAUUUGAACAAACAUUUAGAAUAAAACAUUUUUUUCAGUUG